UGCCCCUUUUGGCUAAUUAAUUGUAUUAAAUCAGGAGACAGUUCAAUGUUCUUUGUGACUUGUACAUAAAUUUAAAUUGAUAAAUUAUCAUGGCGGAGUUGCAAAGCGAGCCUCCGGCCUUUGCCAAUGCAGAGGAAAAGGCAGCGUAUUGGGAGGGGGAGGCAAAACGGUUUGAAGAAAUGACCCUAGAAGUUCAACUUGAGCUUCAAGAGUUUAGGGAAUGCAGUGAAGAGAUAGAGAAGGAAUUGGAGGCACAACUGGAACAACAUGAAAAGCAAACCAAAGAUCUUCGACAACAAAACACAACCCUUACAUUUGAAUAUGAAUCACUAAAGGAAAGGUACGAAAAACAGCAAACUGAAAGAUUCCGACAAGUUUCUGACUUGCAAACAGAAAUAUCAAAACUUACAGUGACGAAUGGAGAACUCACAAAGGAUGUGAGGGAAUUAGAACAAAGGAAUGACGAUUUGGAAAGAACGAAUAGAGUUAUAAUCGUUUCACUGGAUGACUUUGAACAACGAUUGAACCAAGCAUUGGAGAGAAAUGCUUUCCUUGAAAGUGAACUUGACGAGAAAGAUUCACUUUCAGUUACAGUUCAACGACUUCGAGAUGAAGCAAGAGACCUUCACCAUGAGCUCUCGGUGAGGCAGCGAAAAGUUUCUGAGUCGGGUAAACAUGAUGAGAGGUCACCACUACCAUCACCUCAAGACAAGGUUCCCACCCCGACGACAGGUGUACCUACCACUCCGCUUGCCACGAGCAAGAAGCUCAUUUUUAAUGGAGUUACAACCUCCCAUGCCCCUCCUUCACCCACCAAUCCUGAUCCACAUAAAAUACACCAGAAACAUGUUCUACAUAAUGGGGUGGAUAAAACACCCCUGCCACCUUCAGCUCGAAUAUCUGCACUUAACAUUGUGGGUGAUUUACUGAGAAAAUUUGGGGCUCUAGAAUCAAAGUUGGCGUCCUGUAGAAAUUUUGUCCAUGAGCAACCACCAUGGCAAAGUAAACGCGUGAAUCAAAUUGCCCCCAAGUCUUCAGAAACCCCCCACGAAGGAAGCACAACGGACUCCAGUAAAAAUUCUUCAGUAAAAAUCCGCGUUUAAAAAUCACCUCAAAUUGUAAUUUCACUGCUUGUUUGUGGGGUGGUUUAUAUUUAAUGUUUGAACUUCAUUCAUGCUAUUCAUAGCCUCUGCUUGAUUAGAUUUUCAUAAAGCAGGCGGAGCGUGAGUGUUGUGUAUGUACGAAGGUAAAGUUUUGAAGGAUUUCUAUUUUUGCAACAGACAUUUUCAUGACAGAUUAACUGCCAAUUCUCUUUUCAUUGUGGGUUAAAAUAAGGGUUAAGUCCCAGGGUGUUUCUUCAGCCUAUAGUAUAUUCCUCCCAGUUCUCCCAUCUUGCACUUCUACUAACAUAGACAAUGAACCAGGGCUCCCAUGGUGGCGAAACUUUAUAAAAUGUAAACUUUUAAAAGAGAAAGUCGUUAAAAUGGUGUUAAAUGUUGAAGACUAAGGAAUAAAUAUGAAUGUUACUGUCACAGUAUACCUAGCUUAUGUCGUUAUGCAAAACCAGGUAUACCGCUUGUAUUUAACGCUACAGUUUCAUAUUUUAUUAACAUUAUUUAUUCGUUUUUGAUUGAAACUCGCAAAGUUUUUACAUUUACAUUGUUUUAUCUGCCUGUAAUGCUACUAAUAAAGUAUUAAAUAAAGCUGCAUUUUUGUUCU